AUGGCCGACAUAGGGGGCCAACAAGGCCGGAACUACCGGCCUUACGGCCAUCCCUCAUCUGUCCAGCGUGAUGCUGCAUUUUCAGAAAUUUUUGGCGGAGCACCGCCGCCCGGGCGCUCGCAAACCAUGACAUCGCAAACGCCCCAGUUCUCCCAAGACCGGGCUCAUACCAUGUCUUCGCAGGUUCCACGCCCGCAAAUGCAGAGGGCUCCUCCGCCACCACAACGCCAAAUGCAGAAUGGAUACCCACCGAGUCAACCAAAUGGGUACUACCAGGCAUACCCCGGGCAAGCAGCGACCAUGACUUCGCAAUCCGCCCAGGGCGCUCCUCGACCAUAUCCCGGACGUUUUGCAUACCCUCAACCUCAGCGCUUGGAUUCAAGACAAGCUCCGGGUCCCCCUUACCAAGAUCCAAAGGGGUAUAACCGAGCGGUUCCCCAUCCAGCUUUGAAUUCGGAUGCCUACAGGUCAAGGUCAAUGGCAAGGAUGGGAGGUCCUCCCACUCAUCAGCCCCCAGCGAAUAGCUUCAAUCAUACUUCCGCAACCGCUUUUCGCCAGCAACCGUAUAACCCGGCUACCCCGAUGACUGCCCAAGGACGAGUGGUGCCGGAAAGGCACGGAAACGAACGCGCUAUGUCUCUGACCUCCUACUCCGUCGAUCGUGAGCCGACUCAUACCACAAGAACUGGGCGAGUUAUUCCAAAUAGGCGACAGCCGUCCGGCCCUUCCCAGCCGCCCAUUCCCCAAGAGCCAACAGACUUCUCUGAGUACGUCAACGGAGGGUCUCGCCUGCCAAGUGACGGGCCACCACCGGCACCGGCACCGGCACCAGCACGAACAUUUUCUAUGGCAUCUACUGCUGUGCCUGAUCGAACCAUGAGCAUGCAAAGUAACCUUACACACAAGCCGAGCGUUCAAACAACCACGACUCUUGUCUCAAACAACUCGCGUCGCAGCAAGCAGUUUUCUGUAAACCCGGCGCUUCUUUCGCGAGUAGCGGAUGCAUUUCGUGAGCACAUUGCGCUUAGCGAGAGGCAAAAGAACGGCCUGUCGUAUCAGAAUGCCUUUUCGGGUGCUGAUGCGGUUGAUGCUAUCGGUGGGAUCAUUAAGACUACCGAUCGAAACCUGUCUCUUCUCCUUGGACGUGCAUUGGAUGCGCAGAAACUCUUCCACGAUGUCACCUAUGACCACCGUCUUCGAGACGCCCCUGGUGAAAUAUACCAGUUCAAAGAGACACUCGGUGAAGAGGCGCCGAGCUCUGAAGUCAACGGCGUUUUCACUCUAUUAACGGAAUGUUAUUCGCCAACAUGUAACCGCGAGAGCCUAUGCUAUUCAAUUGCUUGCCCGAGGCGACUCGAGCAACAAGCGAGGCUUAAUAUGAACCCGCUCCCGGUCUUGCGGAGUUCUGCUUCUAAGAGUAGUCUUCACGGCGAUGAUGACGGUGACGAUAACCAGAAACUGUGGAUUAACAUGGUGCCGAAGGAGGUCUCGGACACCGUCGAUGACAAGGAAAAGAAACGUCAGGAAAUCAUUUUCGAAAUCAUGUACACGGAAAGAGACUUCGUUAAGGACCUGGAAUACCUGCGAGAUUUCUGGAUGAGACCACUACGCUCUGCCGCCAAUUCGCCAAUACCCGAACACAGAAGGGAAAAAUUCAUUCGAACCGUGUUUGGCAAUUGUUUGGAUGUGUUAAAAGUCAAUGGCGCCCUCUCUGAGGCGCUCAACGGAAGACAAAAGGAAAGUCAUGUCGUGAAAACAGUCGGAGACAUCUUCUUGCAACAUGUGCCACGUUUCGACCCGUUCAUCAAAUAUGGUGCAAACCAAUUGUACGGCAGAUAUGAGUUUGAGAAAGAAAAAUCGUCCAAUCCAGGGUUUGCGAAGUUUGUUGAGGAGACUGAACGUCUCAAAGAGUCUCGGAAAUUGGAACUGAACGGUUAUCUCACCAAACCGACCACUCGUCUCGCGAGAUACCCUCUUCUGCUAGAGCAGGUCGGGAAGAAUACCAAGGAAGGUAGUGCGGAUAAGGAAGACAUUCCAAAUGCUAUCAAAAUCAUCAAGGACUUCUUGUCACGCGUCAACGCCGAAAGUGGAAGAGCCGAGAACCAUUUCAACUUGGUGUCGCUCAACUCUUCUCUGAAGUUCGGCCCCGGCGACUAUGUCGAUUUGAAGCUAACUGAGGAAAAUCGACAAAUGUUGACGAAAAUGGCGUUCAAGAAAACGCCCACUGAUACAUCGGAAGUCACGGUAUAUCUCUUCGAUCAUGCUGUUCUUCUGGUAAGAAUCAAGGUCGUGAACAAACGCGAAGAAUACCGAGUCUACAGGAAACCUAUCCCUCUCGAACUCCUAGUUAUCCCACAAAUGGAUGAAGUUAUUCCCAAACCCGGCAUUUCGAAGAGGCCGUCAUCUGGUCUACUCGCAAACAGGGCCGCCGCAGCCCCAGCGGCCGCAAAGGACACGCUUCCGAUAACUUUCAGACAUCUUGGUAAAGGCGGAUACGAGCAGACACUCUAUGCGUCCUCAUCACAACAACGGAAGAAGUUCUUAGAGCUGGUGGAUGAGCAGCAAACAAAGCUUCGAGAGCGCAAUAGUAACUUCUACAACAAGAAUAUCAUUUGUGAAAAAUUCUUCAAUGCAGUGAACAGGGUUAACUGCCUUGUUCCAAUCGAUGGCGGCCGGAAACUUGUAUAUGGCACAGACAGCGGCAUAUAUGUGUCUGACCGGAACCCAAGAGACAAAUCUGCGCGGCCAAGAAGAGUCCUAGAUGUCAGUCAAGUGACCCAAAUUGACACCCUGGAGGAGUAUCAAUUGCUUUUGGUUUUGGCAAAUAAGACACUAUACUCUUACCCCAUGGAUGCUCUUGACGUCGGUGAAGGGCAGAACUCAGUAGCCAAGAGACCAAAGAAGAUCCAAGGCCAUGCAAACUUCUUCAAAUCCGGGAUUGGCCUCGGACGUCACUUGGUGUGUUCGGUCAAGACAUCGGCAUUAUCAACCACUAUUAAGGUAUACGAGCCGAUGGACAAUCUGGCAAAGGGCAAAAAGAAAUCUACCGUCAGCAAGAUGUUCCAGAGUGGACAGGACACUUUGAAACCCUUCAAGGAGUUCUACAUUCCUGCCGAAUCUUCGUCAAUUCAUUACCUACGAUCAACGCUUUGUGUUGGUUGUGCUCGUGGCUUCGAAGUUGUCAGUCUGGAAACAACUGAAACGCAGUCCCUUUUGGACCAAGCGGAUACCUCCUUAGACUUCGUUGCACGCAAGGAGAACGUGAAGCCCAUCCAUAUUGAACGAAUGAAUGGAGAAUUCCUCUUGAACUAUAGCGACUUCUCAUUCUUCGUCAACCGCAAUGGCUGGCGCGCGCGUGCAGACUGGAAGAUCUCAUGGGAGGGUAAUCCCAACGCAUUUGCACUUUCAUUCCCUUACAUAUUGGCUUUUGAACCGAACUUCAUAGAGUUCAGGCAUAUCGACACAAGCGAACUGAUCCAUAUAAUGACUGGAAAGAAUAUCCGCAUGCUGCAUUCUUCUACACGAGAGAUUCUUUACGCCUAUGAAGACGAUACUGGCGAAGAUGUUGUGGCUAGCUUGGAUUUCUGGAAGCACAAGCCGCUGCCACAACAUUAG